AUGUCUUCAGAGAAACCCAUCAACAGUACUAUUAGAACUGCAAUUCAACAAGGUUUGCAACACAUAUCUCUUGGAACUCUAUGCAAGUCCAUAGCCACUUCUGGACUGAUCCUUUUCUUGUUCUACACUCUCUUGUUUAACCAUCCUUACUACGGCCAGUCUACGAAUCAAUUCACUCUCUUUAAGCUCAACUGGCCACUUUCACCUCAUAACGCAAGUGCUUCUGCGAAUGUUACUACUACUCCUACAAGUAUUAGCCACAUUGUAUUUGGCAUGGUGAGUGAUGUGAACACAUGGAACUACAGAAAAUCGUACGUGGAGUCAUGGUGGCGACCUAAUGUUACUCGAGGAUAUCUUUUCCUUGACAGAGAUCCCACACAAAGAUACCAUCCUUGGCCUUCAUCUUCUCCGCCUUUUCGGGUCAAUGCGCCUGUCAAAUUUAGAAUAAACCACAAAUAUGCAACACAGAUUAGGAUAUUACGUACAAUCAUGGAGACUUUUAAGCAGGGAGAUGAAGAUGUUAGAUGGUAUGUAAUGGCAGAUGAUGACACCAUCCUAUUUGUUGAUAAUUUAGUUGAGGUACUAGCUAAGUAUGAUCAUACUAAGUACUUCUAUAUCGGAAUGAAUUCGGAAUGUGUUAGCUCGAACGUUAAUUUCUUGUUCGAUAUGGCAUUUGGUGGAGCUGGGUAUGCUUUGAGCUACCCUCUAGCAGAAGCUUUAUCAACGAAGGUGGAUGGAUGCAUUCAGCGAUAUCCAAACGUAUAUUCCAGUGAUUUUAUUUUGCAGACAUGUUUGGCUGAUUUUGGAGUUUCACUUACACAUCAAAGAGGGUUUCACCAGAUUGAUCUACAUGGUGACAUAUCAGGCCUUCUAUCAGCUCACCCUCAGUCUCCUGUCCUCUCCCUUCACCACAUUGAUGCCACAGAUCCAAUCUUCCCCUCCAUGAACCGCUCUGCAUCCAUAAACCUUCUAAUGGAGGCUGCAAAAGUCGAUCAUUCGCGUCUAUUGCAACAAACCAUCUGCUACCAAAGGAAAAGCAGCUGGUCUUUUUCUACCUCGUGGGGAUAUUCCACUCAUAUAUACGAAAAUAUAUACCCCCGAAGCUUUCUACAGAGACCCAUCGAGACAUUUAGACCAUGGUUGAGACAUUUUAAGCCACCAUUCUACAUGCUCAACACUCGAAGUCUCACUGACAAUCCAUGCGAAGCUCCUCAUGAAUUUUUCUUGGAGUCUGUUGAGAGAACCGGAGGAGACCAAGUUGUUACGACUUACGUCCGAAAAUCACGGCGUAGUUUGCCGCCUUGUUCAUCAAGUGGCAAUCAUUCUGCAGAUCAUAUUUCAAAAAUUCAAGUCUUUUCUUCAGCAACAACAUUUAAAAAGGCUGGACUGAUAGAAUGCUGCGACGUUGAAGAGACAGCAGACGUGAAAAUUACACAUAUCAAGUUAAGGGCUUGCAUGAAAGAUGAAAUCAUUGCCUAG